GAAGCUGCCACAACUACUGUAGCUCCUACUACCACUCAGGCCCCAACAGCCCCAAAAACCACUGAAUCUGCACAACCACUCUUGCCACAACCACUGUAUCCCAAAAUUACCACUGAGCUCCAACAAACCAUGAAUCUGCACAAAACCACUGUAGGCUUCCACCCACUACCACUCAGGCCCCAAACAACCACUGAGCUGCCACAAACCAUCUGCACAACCACGAAGCUGCACAACCACUGUAGCAACGAUACCACUGAGGCACAAUCAACCACUGAAAACUUCACAAACACUGCUCAACAACCACUGAAUCUGCCAAAAACCACUGUAGCUCCUACUACCACUGAGGCCCCGACAAUACUGAACCUGCCACAACCCACUUCUACUACCAAUGAGGCAGAAACAACUACUGAAGCUCCAGCAACCACAGAUUCUCCUACUACUAAAAAUGCCUUAACAACCACAGAAGCUGCGACAACUUCUGAGGCCCCAACAACCACUGAAGCUGCCACAACCAUUGAAGCUCCCACUACCACUGAGGCCUCAACAACCACUGAAGCUGCACAACAACUCCUUAAUACCACGGAGGCCCCAACAACCACUGAAUCUGCCACAACCACUGUAUCUCCAACUACCACUGAGGCCCCAUCAACCACUGAAACUUCCACAACCACUGUAGCUCCUACUACCAAUAAGGCAGAAACAACUACUGAAGCUCCAACAACCACAGAUUUCCCUACCUUAACAACCACUGAAUCUGCCACAACCACUGUAGCUCCUACUACACUGAGGCCCCAACAAUCACUGAAACAGACACAACCACUGUAG